GUGCAUUGCUUCAAACAGCUGGGAACAUCAUUCCUGAACUGCGUGGUUACUUCUUGUUUGCUGUGAUAGUUUGAAGGAAAGGAUCCUUCUCUUUUGAUUUAGUUUUGAUCCGAGGAGCUCAUAUUAUUGGAUUUUCAUGGCUUCCUUCAGCUCACGGAAACCUUGUGAGUCCUCCUCCAGACGGGUGAUGGCCCUUGUUCUGGUGGUGAUGGUUGUAGUGGUGCUUACCAGGGGCUGCAGUUGCUCCCAUGUUACAGAGGAGGUCAAGGGCCAGGUGGAGAAGGCUCAGGAGAAGGCGGCAGAGGCAGAGGAGGAGGCCAAAGAAGCCUCAGAGUCGUGGGCGGAGUGGGCUAAAGACAAAAUCUCACAAAACUUGAGACUCAAGCAAGAAAAGCAAGCAUCUGAUUCCGCAACAGAGACUGCCGACAAAAGCCAAGACACUGCUGAGGAAGCCGCUUCUGGAGCUGGGCAAUACAGUGCAGAGAAGGCAGAUGAGGCGAAGAAGGUAUUGAAAGAGAAGACCGAAGAGACCAAGGGAGCAGCUUCCCAGAAGGCGUGUGAAGCAAAGGAGAAGGCUGCAGAGGCCAAGGAAACUGCCUCCCAGAAAGUGGGCGAAGCAAAGGAGAAGGCGGGUGGCGUGACAGAGAAGGCGGCAGAGGCAAAAGAGAAGGUAGCGGAGAAGGCUAGGGAGGUAAAAGAGAAGGCGGCUCAGAAGGCGGAGGAGGCAAAGGAGAAGGCGUAUCACAAGACAGAAGAAGCCAAGGAAGCAGCCAAGGAGAAGGGAGCAAAGGCCGAGGAGAGUGUGAGCUGGGCUAAGGAGAAAGCGAAGGAGAGUUUCGAUGCAGGCAAAGCCAAAGCAGGGGAGACGCUGGAGAAAGCCAAGGAGAGAAUUGAAGCUGCUAAAGAAAAUAUAGGAGGGCGAGGUGGAGACGAGGAGCUUUGAACUGUCUGCCUCUUUAUCAUUCUGCAUCUCUCUCACCCACCCCCGGCGGGCUCCUAUCCUUAUCCUUAUCGCAAAUGAGUAUUGUCAAUGCUUUGCUUUAAACAUAUCAGAAUUUUCUUCACUUUGCUUCCUAUAAGUAUUGGUUCCCUAAUUUAAUAUAUACUUUUUUAUUACCUUUAA